AGUGACCAACUUAGCUUGCUAUGUUAUCUUUUGUGAGGCAGUCGCAAUCAGUUUGCUUCCGUCCCUCAGUAUAACUGUACGUUAGUUUUGAUGGCCUAAUUUCUCGGCACAAAAAUAUCACUAAAAUGAUUUGCAUUCUUUUAACGUAAAAUUUUCUCUCUGUUUUACCAACAAUGUUUGCGAAGUCUCUUUUGCAUAGUGUGAGUUCGAUCGUGGAUUACCCACUACGGGUCAUUACGCGGACGAUUCUGCUGCUAAUAUGUGAUUACAUUUACCAUAGCUUUGUUGUGUCUGAACUGUUGGUUUAUUGGUAUCAGUCUGUGUAUCCCCCUUACUUGGCUAAGCCAAUAUCAGUGGUGCAGGAUGUCGUGGCUACUAUCGUUGGAUUUCAGUUCAGUAUUAUCGCUAUCCAGACCGCCAUGCUGAACGGCUUCAUGCGAUGGCUGCUGCGGUUCCUGGUGUCCACGGUGGCCAUCGUGGCGAGGCCAUUGACCUUCGUGCUGACCAUCCGGAGGACCAAGAAGUGCCCGCCUCCAGCCAACCAGCUGCUCAUGAAGUCUGCCACUACGCUGUCGCUGAUGAUACGUAGCAAACAGGUAACAUCAGAAGAGGUAGUGACAGCCUACAUCGAAAGAUGCAAAGAAGUAAAUCCAUACCUGAACGCAAUAGUGGAACCUCGAUACGAGGUGGCCCUGCGAGAAGCCAGGAGUAUAGACAAGAUGAUCGCGUCUACGGAUAGAACUGCCGAGGAUCUGGGCAAAGAAUACCCGCUGCUUGGAGUUCCCAUGACCGUGAAAGAGAGUAUUGCUGUUGAAGGCAUGAGCAACGACUGUGGAACUGUAAAACCCUACAGGAACCCUGCUAAGAAGGACGCAGCUAUAGUCCGGUUGGCGCGGGCAGCCGGGGCCAUACCCAUAGCCGUGACCAACACUCCGCAGCUUUGUAUGAACUGGGAGACGUAUAACAAUGUGACGGGGCUGACGAAGAAUCCGUAUGACCAGAAGCGGACGGCAGGAGGGUCCUCGGGUGGGGAGGCAGCCCUCAUAUCGUCAGCAGCGUCCAUAAUGGGAGUGGGAUCCGACAUCGCGGGCUCGCUGCGCCUGCCCCCCAUGUACACCGGCAUCUUCGGACACAAACCCACGCCGAGACUGCUGUCUGUUGAAGGCCACGUCCCCGACUGCCUGGACCCCGAGUUCGAGGAGUACUUCGCGCUGGGCCCACUCACGCGCUACGCCGAAGACCUGACGCUGCUGCUGAAGGUGCUGCGGCAGGACAACGGGCCUGACGUGCCGCUGGAUGCGCCUGUGGAUGUGAGCAAGCUGAAGUUCUACUACAUGGAAGGAGACGGCAGUAACGUAACGAACAAAAUUGGGCCCGAUGUGAAGAAAGCGAUGGACAAAGCUCGGGAAUACAUGAAAGCUACGCACAAUAUUGAAGUGAAAGAGCUGAAAAUCAAAAACAUGCAGCACAUGUGGGAAAUAAGCGUCCGUGUCCUCAUGAACAUACGCCACGUCCAGAACAUCUACACAGACCCCGAGAAGCGGGACCAGUGGGUGUCGGUGUGGCCCGAGCUGAUGAAGAAGAUGGUGGGUCUCUCGGACCACAACUUCACGUGUGUGGUCUACGGGCCGCUGCAGAAGUUCUUUGAUUCGCUGCCGAAGAGCUAUUACACGGAAUUGUUAGCCAUCUUUGAGGAGAUUAAGAAGGAGAUUCAUAGUAUUCUCGGAGACGACGGCAUCCUACUCUACCCGUCCUACCCAAAGGUGGCAGAUCUGCACUACAGGGUGUUCUACAGUUUCCUCAACUGCGGGUACCUGACUAUCUUCAACGCCCUAGGUCUCCCGGUGACAGCCUGCCCGCUAGGUCUCACUGACAAAGGUCUACCGGUGGGCAUCCAGAUAGCUGCCAACAAAUGCAACGAUCAUCUAACUAUUGCUGUGGCCAAAGAGUUUGAGAAAGCUUUCGGUGGAUGGGUUCCUCCGAAUAAGGAUGUUGUUUCAGUAUGAAUGUGUGUAAGGAAGUUAUUAAGUUAGGAUGUAUGUGUUUGGUGUGCAGUGAGUCCGAUCCUUCUUUGGUAGCAUGUGAAUAAUGUUUAGUAAUAUGUCAUUAUACUAUUUUCUUGUCGUGGAAACAACGUGGAAACGACAUCGACAGUAUGAUCAUACGAAACAGUAUGAUGUCGGAAAGAACAGGGUGUUAUUUGUAAGUACAGAUAAACAUUAACACUUUUUAAAAUUUUGUUCUAAAAAAGAUAUUUGUAGCUCAAUAAGUAGGUGAUCUUUUGUU